CCUCAUCCUCCCCCUUAAUUACUGCUUUUUUAUGCCGAAGUUUUCUGUGUACUACCACCUCUCCAAUAUAUCUCCUUCCAAAACCCUCCCUAUAAUAGUUUUCAUAUAAUCAAUCAAGAAAAGAGUUUGAUCACCACAAAUAUCAGCCGGCCUACAUGGGUGAAAUUAUGGAGAGCACCGAUUCAUCGUCGGGGUCGCAACACCCGCAGCUUCCGCCGGGCUUCAGGUUCCACCCCACCGAUGAAGAGCUCGUGGUCCACUAUCUCAAGCGGAAGGCUGCCUCUGCUCCACUACCCGUCACCAUCAUAGCCGAGAUCGAUUUGUACAAGUUCGAUCCAUGGGAGCUCCCAAGUAAGGCUACGUUUGGAGAACAAGAGUGGUAUUUUUUCAGUCCUCGUGACCGGAAGUACCCGAACGGGGCGAGGCCUAACAGGGCGGCGACGUCUGGGUAUUGGAAAGCUACGGGGACCGACAAGCCUAUACUGACAUCUAACGGAAAUCAAAAGGUUGGUGUUAAGAAGGCGCUGGUGUUUUACGGCGGGAAGCCUCCUAAAGGGAUCAAAACCAAUUGGAUCAUGCACGAGUACCGCAUCGUCGACAAUAACAAUAGCUCUAGUUCCAAGCCUCCGGCUGCUGAUGCUGCAAACAAGAAAGGGUCUUUAAGGCUUGAUGAUUGGGUAUUGUGUCGGAUUUAUAAGAAAAACAACGCACAAAGACCAAUGAUGGAGCAGGACAAGGAGGAUUCAAUGGAGGCCAUGAUUCCAAUGAUGCAAACAUCUUCUAUAUUGGCUGGCCAAAAUCUAAAACCUUUGCCCUCAAAGACUGCAGCAAACUACGGCUCAUUACUUGAAAAUGACGAGAACUACUUUGAAGGGAUAUUAACAGCCGAGUGCUUGCAAAACAGUUCUUCCAUUUCUCAUCAGCUAGCCUCUUCGAGCUCGAAACAUACACUAGCGGUGAAACGCACGCUACCAUCACCGUUUUGGAAUGAAUCGAUGGGGUCUUCCUCCUCCGGGAAGCGAUUCCACGGCGAUCUCAAUAGUGGAAGCACAGGGAUGGAUGAGAGCAACAAUUCCUUUGUUUCUCUGCUAAAUCAGCUGCCUCAGGGCACCCAGUUCCACCCUAACGCGCUUCUCGGGUCUCUCGGCGACGGGGUUUUGAGGCAACAUUUUCAACUUCCAAGCAUGAAUUGGAACUCAUAGUACGAAAAUUUAUCCCAUAUGUGAUGAUUUGAUCGAAUAGGGGAAUCAAAGUCAAAAAGCUCCAUUAAUUAGAUAUAGACUGGAAGAUUAAUUGUUUAUCAGAGAUUCUAUACGUUGGAAGAAACAGAAUGAUUAUUAGAAGGUUGAGUUCAUUUCUCUGGGUGUAAGUAUAUGCCAGGUUAAGUCAGAGAUAUCAUCAUACUUUUGUUUUUUAUUUUUAUUAUUUUCAUUUAAGAAAUUAAUAAUAAUGAACGAUAGACUUGCUAGCUA